AUGAGUGCGAAACAGUUGCUUUCCAGGACGAAACCAGCGACGAAUUCCAGCGUGGCUCCCAAGGGACUCCAGCAGGGUUCCAUGGUGCCCUCGCUGGAAGAGUUCCUGAAGAAGAGGGACUUCACGGGCGCCAUGUCACUUCUCGAGUUCACACGCAACAGCGGCAAGCCAAAGCUGGAGACGGACAUGUGGAUCGCGUACUGCGCCUUCCAUCUGGGCAACUACAAGCGUGCCAUGGAAGAGUAUGAAGCCAUACUCAAGGACAAGAAAGCACCCCAGGAGGUGUGGACAUACCUGGCGAGCUGCCAGUUCCACCUGGGCCUGUACCGGGAGUCUGAGUCUUCGGUGCUUAACGGACCCAAGUCGCAGCUCCAGAACCGGCUGCUCUUCCACCUGGCACACAAGUCGGGCGACGAGAAGAAGCUCAUGGCGCUUCACCAGCUGCUUCAAGACAUCCUCCAGGACCAGCUGUCCCUCGCCUCCAUACACUACCUCAGGGCCCACUACCAAGAGGCCAUCGACAUUUACAAGCGCAUUCUCCUCGAAAACAGGGACUUCCUUGCCCUGAACGUGUAUGUGGCACUCUGCUAUUACAAACUGGAUUACUACGAUGUCUCGCAGGAAGUGUUGGCAGUGUACCUUCAAAAUUUUCCAGACAGUGCAACUGCCAUAAACCUCAAAGCCUGUAACCACUUCCGGCUUUACAACGGCAAGGCAGCAGAAACUGAGCUGAAGAGUCUACGUGAAAAGGCAUCCCCAAGCUUCACAUAUGCGCAAGAUCUCAUUAAACACAAUUUGGUAGUGUUCCGGGGUGGUGAAGGGGCAUUGCAGGUUCUGCCCCCCUUAGUUGGAGUCAUCCCAGAGGCACGACUGAACUUGGUCAUCUAUUACCUCAAACAAGAAAACAUUCAAGAAGCCCACAACCUGAUCAAGGAUCUGGAGCCUACUGUGCCCCAUGAAUACAUUCUCAAGGGUGUCGUCAAUGCUGCCAUUGGACAGGCUCAGGGAUCGAGGGAGCACCUCAAGAUAGCGCAGCAAUUCUUCCAACUUGUGGGAGGGUCGGCUAGCGAGUGUGACACGAUUCCUGGAAGACAGUGCAUGGCGUCCUGCUUUUUCCUUCUGAAGCAGUUUGACGAUGUUCUACUCUACCUCAAUUCCAUCAAGAGCUACUUUUACAGUGACGACACCUUCAAUUUUAAUUACGCCCAGGCUAAAGCAGCUACUAAGAAUUUCAAGGAGGCUGAAGAAACGUUCCUCAUGAUCCAAAAUGAGAAAAUCAAGUCAAGUUACAUCUACCAAAGCUGGCUCACACGAUGCUACAUUAUGAAUGGAAAGCCAAAGCAAGCAUGGGACCUCUACCAAGAAAUGGAUGCCUCCAGCGAAUCUUUCAGCUUGCUUCAGUUGCUGGCAAAUGAUUGCUACAAGAUGGGCCAUUUCCUGUAUGCAGCCAAAGCGUUUGACCUCCUCGAAAAGAUGGAUGCAAAUCCCGAAUACUGGGAGGGAAAGCGGGGUGCCUGCGUUGGAACCUUUCAGAGAGUUGUGGCCAACAAAGAAUCCACGGAGUCACUGCACGAAGUGCUUCAGAUGCUGAAGACUGCCAGCAACCCACAGGCUGAGUCUGUCGGCAAAGUCAUCCGGAACUGGUGCAGGGAAAACAGAAUCGGGACAUCCUAACUGCCCUUG